AUGGAACCACCACCACCCCCAACGACGGACCCUCGAUUGAAAGGUAAACAACCAGUUCUUCGAGAGAUAACUUCUUCGGUUCCACCAUCCCUUGUUUUAAACCAGCCUUUAUCUACCUUUACCCCCUCGAAAUGCACACCAUCAACUCCGCUCUUAUCUCGAUUUGGUCUGCCAAAAUCCAAUUCCUCAUCUCCCCAGCGUCAUGCGUCUUUGCCUCUGCCAAACAUGCCCUCAAAUCCCACAGCGGGGUCAGAUAUUGAGCCUUAUGUUCCACAGGAGUCAUCGAUACCUAAUGGAACCAUUUUCUCGUCCCUGAUUGCAAAAAUUUCGGAAUCAAAUUUUCAUAUUCUCUGCUAUAAGAAAGAGAAGGAUGAGCGGAAAAAGCUAUUGGCUACCUACACCGAUGGUGCCAUGAAUUUGAAAAGGGUUCCAACCGCCUCGAACAUGUUCUCGAACCAAAUCCGUACUGAAGAAGAAAGGAUUCGGGUUAUUGACGCAUCUAUCAAAUUGCAUGAGAAGGAGAUUGUAAGCUAUAGUGAGGAGAUAGACAAGUUACAAGUUUUUUCAGCUCAGCCCGCUCAAACAUGCACGCAUUCUACUCUUGAAAGUGGGAAAGUUGCCAAACUGGAAGCCGAGAUCGCAGAGUUGAAACAAGCCAUGCUAGCAAAGACUCAAGAUACUGGAACAUUCUCCGCUACCGUCGAGAAAUUGCAGAAGUCUGUUGAGGAACAUGACAAGACAAACAAUGAGUUCAACACCAAACUCCAAAAUCUCCAGGACAUAUCGAUCAAGCAACUGCCUUUGAAAAUGGAAUCUGUGCAUGCAGACAUAAAAAAGGCACAUGAAAAGAAUGCUCUGGUUGAUGCCGAAAUGGCUCAAAUCAAGAGCCGACUUGAUAGGAUAGGGCGAUUUUCUCAAACAACAAGUCCAUCCGAUGCUCAGAAUAAGUCGAAGCAAUUGGAAGAUGCUACAGGAAAACUUCCCGAUCUCAACUCGCGGAUAGGGACCCUCGAACAACAAUGUGCAACCUAUGCGAAGAUGCUUCAACAGACUCCUGCGACUGAUGUCGUGCAUAGUCUUUUGAAGCUCAGGCAAGAUCAGAUUAAAAUUAAUUCAGAAAAGAUUGAAGUCCAGGAAAGUAGGAUCCGUACGGUACAUGAAACCGUUGAUGGAUGCCAAAAAACUCUGCAUUCGAACCUUUCAAGGCUGGGUCAAAUUGAGUUAAUUCUGUCUCGAUUCACGCAGGUCGAUACGCGAAAUUCCAGUCUUAUUGAUACGCUGAACACUGCCGUGAGGUCAUUGGAAACCCGAUACAACAAUAUGUCCACGGAGGAAAUUGUCAGGCGCAUGGCCCGUGCCAUAGUUGAGCUUUAUCCUAAUGGACCCCGUCUGCAGCAUGAAUUUACAGCGUUCAAAGAUGAACUCAAGCAGGAGAUUGGUGAACUUAGCACGGUGAAAAAUGUCCUCAACCGAGAAGUUGCUGAGCUCAAUCACAAAGUUAAUUUGCUUCAAAGCAAUCCUCAGACCUCUGGAUCGUCGCACGCCCAGCAGGAACAGCUCAAUCAAGAAGUUGCUGAGCUCAAUCACAAGGUUCAUCUGCUCCAAAGCAAUGCUCAGAACAACGUAUUGUCGCCCAGCCAACAGGAACAGUUCAGCCAAGAAAUAAUGAGGCGACUUGUGCCAAUUCAGUCUGAAUUCACCAAUACCCAGCUUGGGCCAAUUUUGCAAAUUCAGAAAGAUAAUUCUGAUAACCUCACUAAUCAGCUUAAAGAAUACUCUGUAAUGAGGUCGGAAAUCCAGGCUCUGCAGAGUGCCUUUAAGAGCUCAGAAGUGCGUUUUGAAGAUGAAUUUUACACAAUUAAUAAUCAGCUCCAAGAAUGUAUGGAUGUUCAGAAAAAACAUGAUGAAAAGGACAAGGUGGACAUCCUAACUCAGACCAAGGAAGCUCAUGAGCAACCUACCAACUUGGAGGAGCGGUUUGAGGAUAUCCAUCAGUUCUCCAAACGGCUUGCUGAAGGGCUUCAAGCCCAGAACAAGUUUAACGAAACCACGGCAGAAAAUCUGGCAAGAUUGAGAACCCAGCUAGAGCAUAUUUUGGAAGUUUCUCAAGGCCCAGUCGAAGAAAUCAAAAAGAUCAACAAGUGGUUGACUAAAAUUGACGUGCUCCUUGAGGAAAAAAUUACCAAGAGACUGAGCGAAUUGGGUGAGCGCGUCGAGGAAGUGCAAAUCCAGGUCGGAGAAGCCCAUCGUCGUUUGAAAAAAGAUGCGCUUCAACGGCUCUCUCAACAUGUAAUCAACGAACCCGAUCAUGAACUUGAACUUUCAAUACGUGGAUCAAGCGUGGCGAAUCAACCUGGCUGCUCCCUGGUUCGAUCAGGUUUUAAGGCUGUCAACUCUGCUCAGGAUCCUCCAUCCGUUCAGGUUCACAAUUCGUCACCAGAACGCCAUAAACCCCCUCAAGUCUUUCCAGCAACACCGACACCCAAUGUCAAUCCACCGUCGCACCCACCUUCCAACUCGCUGAGCUCAGCAAUUUUGGAGAAGAGGAAACGGUCUCUAGCAGACGAUGAAAGGUUAUCUUCAGCGACUCACACAGCUUCUGGGUCUUCACACUCUGGAUCUACAUACAGUCGAUCUCCAGCAUCCUCUGUUUCCGGAUCGAUACGAAAGAAAAAAAAGUCGAAGAAAAGCAAGCACCCAACUGCUCUUCGAGAUUAA